AUGACUAAACGGGCAGCAGCCGGAAUUGAUUAUGAAGAUUUGGAGUCCGAAUUUGAUUAUGCCGAUGAAGCAGAAGGAAGUAGCAGCACAAAAAAAGCUGGAAUCAGAGAUGAUGAAUUAUGGAAGAAGCCACGACCAGGCGAAAUUGCUCCGCCAGCACGGAACAAGGCCCGAGGAAUAUUCGAUAGCGAACAUUCUCGAAUUGAGAGGCAAAAAAGACGCCUGAUGACGAUGGAUGUUUAUUCGCGUCAUAAGGAGUUGAUCAACCAUUAUUAUUUGUGUUAUCCGGGAGCUACAGCAAAACUACAACGAGAUACAUCGAAAGAUCGCACGGAUUAUGAUGUGCUGAGAGAUAAUCAUAAAUUUCUUUGGGAUGAUGAUGAGCUAGCGAAAGCAGCCGAGAAAUCGUGGGAAGCGCGUCUGGCCAAGCGAUACUAUGACAAACUUUUCAAAGAAUAUUGCAUUGCUGAUCUUUCGCAAUAUAAAAAGAACAGAAUAGCUAUGAGAUGGCGGAUUGAAGGAGAAGUUAAAUCCGGAAAGGGUCAGUUUGAAUGCGGUAAUAAACGGUGCAAUAAAAAGCAGGAUCUUGCGAGCUGGGAGGUCAAUUUUGCAUAUAUAGAAGACGGGAUCAAAAAGAAUGCCUUAGUAAAGCUACGAUUAUGUCCGGACUGCUCAAAAAUGCUAAAUUAUUUUUCACAGAAAAGACGAUCGGAGAAAAAAGUCAAACGGAAAAGCGGCAGCAAGUAAUU